UUAUGUGCCCCCCCCCUCCUCCUCCCCCCUCCCCACUCGCUUUUUCUCUUUUUUAUUUUGACGCUUCCGUCAGCAUCUCCAGGAGGAAAGACAUUUUCCUCCGCGUGUCUCUUCUUGAAGGCGAAAGGAAGAAAAAAGGAGAUUUUUUUUUUUUUUAAUUCACUGUGUCGUGCCCCUGAUACUAAAAUCUCUCCGAUGGUCCCCGGUGUGACAGCGGAGGGACUUCCAGCAUCUGACUGCGUGAUGGAGCCCGGGGAUGGAAGCCGUCCACCUAUGACCCAAAAAUAGGACGAGACGUUUGAAGGAUAUCAGAGGAAAAAAGCGCGUGAUUUUUUGUUUGUAUCGGGGGUUUUGCUAAAAGAGGUGACAGGUAGGAAGACGCAGGGAAGCUGCGCUCAGCUCUGCUGCGUUUAUGGGAAUUUAAAAAAAAAAAGGACAUACAAGACUUUAUACAUUUUUGUUUUCAGCAAAUUCACUGAUUCAAGACUAUUCGUGAGUUAACUGUUUCUUGUAUGAUCACCCCAGUUCAAACGCAGUCACACCCUAUUCUUACUUCAUAGCCACACCGCUGGAAUGCACAUAAGAACAGCGCACUUUUCUUUUUUAGCCUCCAAAGACGCACAGACGGCGGUGUAAAUACCCCCCCCCCCCUCUUUAACUGCCUUUCAGACUGGUUACAUGUGCUGGUGACCCAUCUGAGCAGCAGAGCCACCUGUGCUGCUGCCGUAAGGCUUUGAGCACCAUGCGCAGGCAGCAGCUAAACAAAACCAUAUGGCUUAAAUGAUGUGCUCAAACAGCGGAUGGUUUCACUUGAAGUAAGAAGCAGCCAGACUCUGCCCUUAUUCGCCGACUAGAGCUUUUUAUCUGAAGAGAUGUAGUUGUGAAUCUGCAAUUUGGACUGAGGAAGAAAGAAAGCAAUAACAGUGAUUUGAGGCAAUAAGAAAAACAAGGUGAUAAUUGUAAUUUCCUCCAAAGCCAAAGAGAGGUGGAAACAAGCGAAGGGACAAUUCACUCUUCUUCCAUUUGCCAUUUCACUCACACUGUGGCUCUAUCAGGCACAGACCCUCUUUUUUUGCUCAGGUCAUAUCUGCAGUCGUACACGAGGGGAAAGUCAGCGAGUGCAGCUGAGUGUUUCCUGUCGAAGGCCUAUCCAUGCAUGCAACAUUUUGACAUUUUAACAGACUUUUCUGAACUGCACAAUCACCCCAGCUCCAUUGCACGAGUCUCUACCACGUCUUCCAUCUCCAGCACAAAUUCCAUUGGACACCUCUGCAUCGUCCCCUAUCAGAUCAACCUAAGAUAUCCGUCUUCCGGUAGCUUUUAUUGUUAAUCACUGACAGUGCCGCUUAUUGACCACUCUGCGAGUCAGGAAACUGGCAUUAUAUAGUGCACACAGUCUCUUUGUGGAGGCCUAGGGGUGUGCCACAGAGUAUAAAUAGUUGAACAAAGGCCCUUUGGAGGGACAACAGGCCGAAACCUGAAACUCUGAGUGAUUCCUCCCUCUGGUAACUCUAUAUGUUCACACACUCAGAGGCUGGACAGACUCUCUGGCUAAAAUGAUUGAUUUAGAUCCUGGGAUGUGAAGAGACGCGGCGGCGCAGCUUCCACAGUGCUGUUGUCAGGUUUUUCAGGUGCUUAAGAGGACCGGAUCAGCAAGAGGACCCGCCCACCCCUUCUUCCAGCCCUUGUAUCGGCUGAAAAGAAAAAGGCGGAGAAGAAGAAGACACCCAAGUGGACCACACCCAGUGUCCCUACAGCAUCAGGAAAGAGUCUCCUCCUCUCACCUCCCAGACUUUUAAUCCUAGUCUGGACAUCUUUGGUGUCAUCAAACUGGAAUAGCUGCUGUAGAUCUGUCUUGUCUGUUUGUGUGUAUCCCAUUCUGCUGUGUGUGUGUGUGUGUGUGUGUGUGUGUGUGUGCGUGUGCGUGUGUGUAUGUGUGUGUGGUAUGUUUUGACACCGCUGAGAGCUGCCAGCAGUCCUCUUUCUCCUGUCAGGAUGUCUGCAGUACAAGGGCUGCUGCUGCUACCUCUGGCCCUUCUGGCGCUUCAAGCAUCUCUGUGCCAUGGAGCCUGCGUGGAGGUGGACUCAGACACAGAGGCCGUGGCCAAUGAAGGCUUCAAACUGGGCUGCAUCUCCUGUAAGAUGAGGGGCGAGGUGCCCGCCAAGGCCUCUGUUGACUGGUACUUCAAGGCUUUGGAUGAAUCCAACUUCUCCCAUAUAUACACGUAUGAUAAUGAAAGCAAUACCACUGACCCACGUUUCAUCGGCCGUCUGCGCUGGAACGGCAGCAAGCAGACCAGGGACCUGCAGGACGGCUCCAUCUACAUCCUCAACGUGACCUACAACGACACGGGAACCUACCAGUGCAUAUUCAACCGGAUCCUCAUGUACCCCAACUACCAGUUUCAAACCAACGCUCGCAAGAAUAUCACCAUUAACGUGGUGCCACGACUCACCAGGGGAAUGGCAUCCAUCUUGUCUGAGGUGAUGAUGUAUGUCUCCAUCAUCGGGCUGCAAUUCUGGCUGGUGGUUGAGAUGAUUUACUGCUACAGGAAGAUCUCAGCAGCUGGAGAAGAAGCUCUGAGAGAGAGCGCGGCCGAGUAUUUAGCUAUAGCAUCAGAAAGUAAAGAUAAUUGUUCAGGUGAACAAGUGGCAGAAUAGCACUGGUCAAGGAAGAGUUCAAGACUUCCUUGAGCAAUCUCACAUCCAUUUUCGUGCCCUCGUCUCCUCUCAGCAUCACUCACCUCCCGCCAUCCUCUCCACAUGAUGGAAAAAGCGGAACCACAGAGGAGAGAGAUCGUCACAGAAAGGCUACUUAAGUGACUUCCUGCAAAAAGGAUGAGAAAGACUGAACUGUAUCCUGUUCUGAGGGUCAGGAUGGAUGCAUUAGGUCGUGGUUCAACGGGACAGAGGGACUGUAUAUAGGUGUACAAGUAUGCACAGAUAAUAUUUCAACACGUAGUAUAUUAUACGCCUAAAUUGUAUAUUCACUACUUGCAUGCUUACGAACUUAUCAAAAUGACUGACAACAAGCUUGAGAUGUCGUGUCACAUGUUUUAAAGAAAAACUGUUUCCAUUUCAUUGCACACCGCGUGUUGACGUCAGGGUUCGACAGAAGUGUUUGCUCUGUAGGUUUAUGAAGCUGUAGUGCAAAUAAAAUGUUUUUAAUGGUAAAUCAAAACAUUUGCACAAAAAACAUCAAAAAAGAAAAUUUGGAACCGAUUUAUUUUACUUUGAAAUACUAGUAAGACUACAUUUUACUGCUAAUUUCCUUGCUGUUGUGAUGUAACUCUAUUCAAAACUACAGAGGACACAGCACUGCAACAGCUAAUGUUUCAUUUUGAACACUUUUACUGCCAAAAAAUGUAAUGUACUCUGUAUUUUUCCUCAGAAUUUCAUUAAAAUCAGCCUAAAAAUGUAAGAAAACAAAAAACAUUUAGAUCAAAAUGAGAUGCAAUCAAUGAAAAACACAAAGGAAAAAAAUCCUAAUUGCAGGUCCAUCAUCUCAGCAGUGAGCCGCACAGCUGGCAGAUAUCUUUCAAGGCACGUCUCUCCCCGAUUUAUCAGCAAACCAACAUAAAAGGUAAAAACCUGAACUGACAACACAUUCAAACUUUAACAAACAGAAUUAGAGAGCAGGUUUUAGUUAAGCAGAUGUGAAAAUAUGAGACGAACUGUCGACUUCGGAGCAGUUGUGAAAACCAAUGAGUCACGAUUGUCACACAUCAGAUGAAAAUCGCUGUACUCAGUCACUUCUGCAGCGAUCGCCCAUCACCUUCACACGUCUGCUCACCGAGGGAAAUGUUUUCUGCUUUAAAUGCAAAUUCUGAUGAAUGUUGAGCUCGUCACUGGAGGAUGUUUGAGAACGACUUCGAGUGUUGUCAAGUGUUUCAAGUCAUAGAAAAACAUUGUGCAUGUUGUGGUUUUAAUGUCUCACAUUGGACUGGGGAAGCAACUGCAAUUAGAAACUGUUGUCUCUUAAAUUCUCAGACUGUGUUUUAGUGAUGUUUUUGCUGCUCAUAUCACAGAAAGCAGCUAGAAAAGUGUUAAAAAGUUGAUGUUGACCGACCUGUUUCAACUGGCUAAACGCAACAGGCUCCCUGCCGAUUUUAAUUUGCUCUUCAAAGUUGUUUACAAGUUUUAGUGGUGAGAAAAUCUCUGGCUACAUUUAAAUGGCAUGUGCAGAUACGGUGUGGCUUCCUGUGACAUAUGAGAAGAUGACUGCACAAUAUUUAUUUGUAUCACAAAAAAAGAAAAAGAAAAUUAAAAAAAUAAGAAUAUGCAGCUUUACCAAUACCCACACAGGAGUUAUAAGAAAGUGUCACUAUCGGCUGAAUUUAUCUACAGUGGAAACUUUCCAACUGAUGUGUAAUUUCACACAAAUGUCUUAGUGUCUUUGUUGAAACUUAAGGGCUUGGCAAAUUGCUAUUAUCAAACUGCCGUGGGCAAAUGUACCACAAAAUGUGUCCAGUGUGCCUGGGAGGGUGAAGCCAGCGGAAACCAAAAGGGAAAAGCAAAGAGGUGAAGCGUCGUUACAAACUUUAGUGUUUGUAAAAAGAAAAAAAGGAAAAAGCAGCUGCACUUCAGACGGCCAGUUAUUGAAACAGUGGUGGACACUAGAUGGCAGCCAAACACUGCCAUGUCGCAUGUUUACUGUUCGUCUCUUUUGUACCAAAACUCAGUUUGAUACAUUUUGAGAUACUGAGAAGGGGACACACACAAACUGAUAAAUUAAUACAGAAUAACUGCAUGUUUGUUGAUGGAAUAAGCAACAUGAUUUUUUUAAGUACAAACACAGAAUAUCCAAAUAGUUUCAAUCUUUAAAAGGAGUGAUAUCUCUUUCGAAGGCCAUUCAAGAAAUGUAUGUUGCCUACUGAGUGAUUCAUUUUUGGGUCUGCAUCAGUUUACAUCAUCAUUUACGUCUUUUCCUGCACAGAUGAACCAACCAGUGAAACGAUAACCACGCUGCUCCCCACACUAUUGGCCCGCUUGUGUCCACGUGUUUUACUACAACUACAACUGCCGUUUUCACUUCCUGUGUAGAUGUGGGAAUGUGCUUGUCAAAAUAAAAAUCAGUAAAGAAAACGGAAAAUUCUUAUGAGAAAAUCACCUCGUGUCUGGCUUGAUUCACAUCUGUCUGUUCUUACAUGCAGUAAGCGGCAGACGCGUGGGUGGUUGAUAUGCAGCGAGGUGAAGGGACUCUCACUCUGAUGCAUAUUUAAUUCAUGUCAGAGGUCGCA